AUGUGGGAGGAAGUCUGUAAGACAUGGUACGAGAGUUACUCGAAGACCUCUUUCAAGGAGGGAUCCGUCAUCCAAUUCCUCCACAAGGACUCGAAGGAGCUGCGGUAUGGCAUGGUGGACAAGGCGGUCAGUGACGCCGAAGGCUUCGUGAAGAUCGCCGAGGGCACGUUUAUCUGGCUGACGGAGUCCAACUCGAUCUGGGCCUUCGUGGCAGAUGAGCACCUCGAGGCAGCCAAAGCCAUCAUCGAUGCCUCCAUCGACAUGUGGAGGAUAGCCAUGCUGCUGUCGACCGAGGGCGUCAAAGUUGCCUUGACCGCCACCACGGCCGACGGCCUGUUCGGUGCGUCCUCCCUGGCAGCUGGGGGCCUAACAUGGGCCGGCGGGCUUGGCAUGGGUGCAGGUUUGGUGGUGGUGAUCGCCUCCGCGCCUUCCAUGCUCGCUGCCACAAGCCUUUACAAGCUCAGCAGCGCCAUGGAGAAUGACUCGCUGACUCCGCAGGUGGUGGCCCUCGGCGGUGCUGGGGGCGUCCUUGCUGGUUCCACUGCUGGGCUGCUGAUGGUGUCGGAGUCCGGGACAAUCGCAGGGCUUUCGGCUUCGGGAAUGCUCAGUGGAUUGGCCACUCUGGGCGGGGGGAGCGUCAUGGGCAGCCUUGCGGUAGGGGCAGCCGUGGUCGGGAGCGUCGCGGCGCUGACGGCGGUUGGGGUUGGAGGUGUGGUGUGGCGCGUUUCUCGGACCUACGUGCAGGAUCGGUUGCUAAGCCAGAGGUCGACCAUGCUCGACCUUGCUGUACAGUACAAAUUUGAUAACCGAUUGGAGUCCGAGUGUCCCGCAAGUGAUGGGCAGUCGAUCGCCGCCCCGCCUUCCGAAAGCUAA